CAAACAACACACACACACACACACCCCUUCAUUAGAAGCUGUGUGUAAGUGGCUCUGACUACUGCUUAUUAUGUGAAGGUGUGUAUGAGUGCAACUACACCUCACCUGUUCGGAGUACCUCUUUCUGUUCUUCACCUUUGGACUGUAAGCUGAGCUUCCUUGUGUCGGGACGACUUGGACUUUGUCCCUGUUAUACUUUUUUAUUCCUGUUUACACUCUCCUGCUGGACUGACUGCUCGCCUGCAUCACUGCAAGUACAAACAAGACGAGCCCAUCUGUCUGAACUCACGUUACAUCUUCCAGCAGUCCUGGUGGGUUUUCCUCCAUUUCUGUGAUUGGGAUCGCGAGGCUUUGCUUGGUGUGUGUAUGUGUAUGUGUGUGUGCGCGUGUGUGUGUGUGUGUGUGAGCGGUAGCAGCUACUGGGGUUGCACAUUUGGUCAAGAUGAUGGAGGAGGUGUCCGUGAUGAUGGCAUAUGAUGCCCAGGUUAUGGAGCAGAUGAGCGAGGAGGAGAUCCUGGCCUGUCUGGUGGAUGAAACGGGACCGAAAUUCACAGUCCCGACAAAGAAAGUUAAACUGAGGGAAAGCCGGCUUCAGAUAAUGGAUGAUGAAGAAGAAGAAGACCCUUUGGACAAAUACCUGAAGGAAAACCGUCAGCUCCAGCAGGCCAGCCUCCGUCUGGAGCAGGAGAACGACAACCUGGCCCACAGACUAAUCAGCAGCAAGGUCGCCCUGAGGAACGCUCUGGACAAGACGGAGGACAGAGUGGACGAACUCACCAAAGACCUUCUGCAGACCAGACAUCGUCUGCAGGCCACAGAGGAGGAGAAGAGAGGGAUGGAAGAGGAAGCUGCAAUGUUAAAGGAAGUGUUUCGGAGAGAGCUGGAGAAAGCUGAGCAGGAAGUCAGAAGGUCGUCAGGCAUCGUCGCAGAUUACAAGCAGAUCUGCUCUCAGCUGACAAACCGUCUGGAGAGGCAGCAGGCCGCCCACAAAGACGAGUUAGAUUCACUCAAGAGUGCAGUGAAGGCCUGCGCUCGCUGUCGGCACCUUGUGGAAAGACACGAACCUCCGACUGCAGGUGAGACCUCUCAGACAGCGGCUCUGACAGAAGGCCAGGGGCUGACCGAAGCAGGCCAGGAUGAGGACGAUGAAGGUCCUGAAAAGGCAGAGCAGAGGAGGGAGGACCAGGAGAAGGAGUCCAUCAAGGUUCAGAUCAGGGAGCUGGAGCAGGAGUUGGUACAGACUAAACUCCAGAUGGUGGAGGCUAAGUGCAAAAUCCAGGAGCUGGAGCACCAGAGGGGACUCCUGACCAAUGAUCUGCAGGAGGCAAAGAACAGCUGGAUCAGCAAGGCCUUCACCUCCCUGCGGACAUCGAGCGGGGGACUGCAUGGUAUUGGCAUGCCCAAGGAUGGGGCUCCAGCACUGGGCUGGAACCUCCACAGUGGCUCCCUGUCCGGAUGGAGCAGCAAGAAGCUGUCGUGGCCUCACAGAGACAAUCGAACGGCUCGGACUUUGGAUGCAGAUCACCUAAAACUGGACACUUUAGACUGAUCAAGCCUCUUUAAGCGUGAGCUGUGUUCAUUCACACUGUAAAGUGCACAAUGAAUUCAAAACUGUAGCUGUUAUUUUCGGUUUUGUGCACUAGAGGGCAGAGUAGAGCACAAAAUGAGCGGAGGAGAGAGAGAGAACAGGUGCUGAUAGAUAAGUACCCUCAUGUCUCCUCACCACUUUCCAAGAGCUGCAUUCAGUGAUGAAGCUCUGUCUACAUAUGUACAACUAUUCCAUGUGCCACAUGAGUUUCUUUGUGUAUCAUUAUUUAAUUUGUAAACAAUUUCAAU